UCUCUCUCUCUCUGUGGAGUAUGCAGAGUCUGCACUAUAUGUAUGUCUCCGUUACUCCCUCAUUUCUGUUGUGUGUGUUCUGUGUUGAACGUGCAGUUCAGCAGUUGUGCAGGUGAGUUGCAGAGAAUUUCACAAACCUCACAUCACACCCUUCAGAACCCAUUUCAAACUUCAAGCUCUCAUAUUUUUUCACUCACCAAGAUCGCCAUGGAACUCUGUUUCAAUCCAAACCCAAAACCCAUUUCACCUUCGCCCUCACUUUCCCGCUAAAUGCCCCAAACCCACCACCAUGAUAGGCCAACCUCACCAACCCCACACUGCUUCAGUUUCACCCUCUUGCUUCUUUCACUGAAAACCCAUCAUUUCACUCUCUCUCACUCACUCACUCUCACUCUCCAAUUUCCACUCUUUUGAGUCAAUGGCCUCCACAAACUCAACCCCAACAGACCCAUCUCUCUCCCAAGACGACAUAGCCGCCAGGGCCCUCAACAAGCGCUACGACAGUCUGGUCACUGUUCGAACAAAGGCCAUAAAGGGCAAAGGAGCUUGGUACUGGGCUCAUUUGGAACCCAUUCUCAUUCGCAACCCCAACACCAACCUCCCCAAGGCUGUCAAGCUAAAGUGCUCGCUCUGCGACGCCGUUUUCUCCGCUUCAAACCCGUCCAGAACCGCCUCUGAGCAUCUCAAACGGGGUACUUGUCCGAAUUUCGCCUCUGUUUUGAGACCCAAUUCAUCGGUUUCACCGGUUCCGAUAUCUUCCUUGCCUUCUCCGUCUUCGCACAAUCACAGAAAGCGAAGCUCUCAAAUGGGUACUGUUGCUUGUCCUAUUUCUCAUGCUCCUCAUCAUACCAGUUCUACUUCGAUACAGGUUCAUUCUUUAGCUAUGAUCGAGUCUUCCCGCUAUUGCGGUGAACAUAAUUACUCACAAUCUCCAAACCCAGUUGGGAUUGCUACUAGUACGGGGCCAAAUCAGCAGCAUGUGGGGUUAUCGGGUGGGAAACAUGAUUUGGGUGCUUUGGCAAUGCUAGAAAAUAGUGUGAAGAAACUUAAGAGCCCCAAAACGUCUCCUGGUGCCACGCUUAGUAAGGAGCAGAUUGAUUCUGCACUUGAAUUACUGUCUGAGUGGUUCUACGAGUCAUGUGGGUCGGUUUCGUUUUCGAGCCUCGAGCAUCCCAAGUUCAGGGCUUUCCUUAACCAGGUGGGCUUGCCUGCACUGUUACAGCGUGAGCUCUCGGGUGCUAGGCUUGAUGCAAAGUUUGAUGAGGUCAAAGCUGAGUCAGAAGCUAGGAUCAGAGAUGCAAUGUUUUUUCAAGUUGCUUCUGAUGGGUGGAAAAGCAAGAAUCCUUGUGGGGAAGAAAACAUGGUUAAGUUCAUGGUUAAUCUUCCCAAUGGGAUUAGUGUUUUCCAAAAGGCAGUGUUUACUGGUGGGUCAGUUUCGUCAAAAUAUGCAGAGGAGGUAUUGUGGGACUCAGUUACUGGUAUGUGUGGGAAUGCUGUGCAGCGUUGCGCAGGGAUAGUUGCAGACAAGUAUAAGGCCAAGGCAUUGAGGAACUUGGAGAUUCAGAAUCAUUGGAUGGUGAACGUAUCCUGUCAGCUUCAGGGGUUCAUUACUUUGAUUAAGGAUUUUAACAAAGAGCUUCCACUCUUCAGGGUUGUCACUGAAAACUGUUUAAAGGUAGCGAAUUUUGUAAAUAGCACCUCUGAGGUUAGGCAUGCUUUUGAGAAGUACAAGAUGCAGGAACUUGAGUAUGCUGGGUUGCUCCAAGUUCCUUCACCCAAAUGUGAUACUUCAAAGAACUUUGCACCUGUUUAUGCAAUGCUGGAGGAUAUAUUGAGCUGUGCCCGCAUACUCCAAAUGGUCGUCCUGGAUGAUUGCUAUAAGGUUAUAUGUGUGGAAGAUCCAAUUGCCAAGGAAGUUGGAGGGAUGAUUCAAAGUGAAGGAUUUUGGAAUGAAUUAGAGGCAGUUUAUUCACUAGUUAAGCUAAUCAGAGGGAUGGCUCAGGAGAUUGAGGCUGAGAGGCCAUUAAUUGGGCGAUGCCUACCCCUUUGGGAAGAGUUGAGAACAAAAGUAAAGGAUUGGUGUGCCAAGUUCAGCAUUGCUGAAGGACCAAUUGAGAAAGUAGUUGAAAAACGAUUCAGAAAGAACUACCACCCAGCAUGGUCAGCUGCAUUUAUACUUGACCCACAAUACUUGAUGAGGGACACUAGUGGAAAGUACCUUCCACCAUUCAAGUUCUUGACGCAUGAGCAGGAGAAAGAUGUAGAUAAGCUCAUUACCAGGUUGGUUUCCAGGGAAGAAGCUCAUGUUGCAUUAAUGGAGCUCAUGAAAUGGAGAACAGAAGGAAUGGACCCGCUUUAUGCUCAGGCUGUUCAGGUUAAACAGCGAGAUCCUGUAACUGGAAAGAUGAAAAUGGCAAACCCGCAGAGCAGUAGACUUGUGUGGGAAACUUGUCUAAGUGAGUUAAAGACACUGGGGAGAGUUGCAGUGAGACUUAUCUUCCUCCAUGCAACCUCAUGUGGAUUUAAGUGCAAUUGGUCUUUCAUGAAAUGGAUGUGUGUACAUAGGCACUCAAGGGUAGGCCUGGAAAGGGUACAGAAGAUGAUAUUCAUUGCAGCUCAUGCCAAACUUGAAACAAGGGAUCUCUCUAAUGAGGAAGAAAAAGAAGCAGAGCUGUUUGCAACUGCAGACGUUGAGGAUGACAUGCUGACUGAGGUCUUUUCGGAUGCACCCACAGUAAUGGGGUUGCUUGAACCGGUUGUGUGGAUGGCAAACCAGGCUUGAGUCAUCACAUGGGUCAACCUUGUAAGAACAUGAAAGCGAAUCUUUGUAGCCAAAGACGCACUUCUCACGGAUUAAACUAGGCAUAUCUGCUGGUAUAUCAGUUUCUGAAAUUGAAGAGCCCACCAUGAGAAGUGGGAAUCCAUCUCAGUGCUUUAGUUGUCAUGGUCAACGAAAAGUAAGAUUUAAGUUUUGCACAGUUAUCAGUUAGGCCUGCCAUGAUUGCUAAAAAGUCUUGAGCAAAAUGGAAGCAAGGAGGGUUGUCGCCAAGAGGAGGUGCAUAAGAUGGCUGAAAGGGAUAUUGCAACGAACUUGAACUGAAUUUGCAUGUAAAUCUCGGCUAGUAAUGUUGACUACAAAAAAUAGGGAACUGAUAUGAGCUGUGUGUAUAUACACAUGUAUUUUAUUAGUGGUUGAACUGGUGAGAAAGAGCCUAGCCUUGUCGUAAUAGCUUGAAAGUGAGAGAACAUGUACAUUCUAUUCUAUUCACUAUGUACAUACAUAUACGCAUUAAUAUAUUUGUUUGCAGAAUUCUGCAAAGUGGGUACAGG